AUGAAUGCCGAUACUCCCGUUUCUUCUCCAGCAGCACCUAAACAAACUACAUUAUUGUAUCGUCGCAGUUCUCUUGUCAAACGUCCCCCGGUGGUUCUUCCCCCAAAUGAUGUCUCUCGCAGUAUUCACGGCCGUCAACCAAAUCCCGAUCAUCUCGCCACUUUACUCGCCGCAUUAACAGAAGAUACCGCCCACUUCGCCAUUUCAAAAGAAAAAACAGAAGAAGAAGUGGAGAAAUUACGAGAGGAAUUACGUAAACAACAGGCGGAGACCGCACGUUUAUUACAAACGAAUAUUAGUUUAGAAGCUCAACGGGCUCAAUUACUGGUGCAACGAGAUGCACAGGUGAUGAAACUUAACUCAAGCACAAUACAUCAAAACUCUCAGGCAAAAAUACGAGAUGUGGAUGAUCUUCUCUUAAAUGAAGAACUUGUACAGAUGUUAGAGGUAUUACAACAACAGAAGGAACAACGCCUGGCAGAGAUUACAAACGUACGGGCCGCUAUUGAUGAUAUUCGUAAUAAUAUUGAAAAACAAGAGAAAUUGGUAUUAUUAGUUCGGGAAUAUUGGAGACGAAAUGCGGCCGCCAUGAAACGUGUAAAGAAUGCCGCCGGAAGACGUUUAGGACGUGAGUCUAUUUCUUCUGCGAUAGUAGAAACGAGUAUGAUGGAUUCCCCAUCGCAAACAAUCUGGAGACGAUUUAACACAACAGUCCCGCCGGCAUUAUUAUCAUCAGAGGCAGCGGGAAUAGCAAGAGUCAGUCCAACCCCAACAACAGGAACGGGAACGGGAAUGGGAAGAAAUACGGCAGAAGGGAAAAGUAAUAAUGUGUAUCAGUCUAUUCCAGCACUUGGGUUGAAGGAACCAGAUGAGGUGGCGGAGUUUAUUUACAGUGUGUUUGAGGAAUUGGGAGUGGGAUCCACAGCAACUGCUGGAAAUGAGGAGUUGUGA